AUGCCUUCAAACGUAAAUGAUAAUUGGAUAACAAGAAAAUUAAGAAGGAUUGAGAAAGGUAUUGCAAGAUACGGUAUAAUUUAUUUACCAGAAUGCAACAAAAAAAAUGAAUUGAAAUCCGCGUUUAGUAAUAAUGAGUGGUCAGUACUUGAGAAAUGUUUCUAUAAGAAAGAGAAAGAAAUCGCAAAAAAAGUCUUCCCGUUACUUAAUACUAUGCUAUUAAAUUUCUCAUUACUCAAAAAUCACAUGCCACAUGAAGAUGAAAAUGAAAAUGAUCAUAAUAGCAAUGAUCCAUUGUUUUCAUUAACAAAUUCUUCGUUUUGCAACAAUCCAAACUCGAGUUCAAAAUCCAAUAUCGAUCCCAACGAAAUCAAUAAAUUAUUGAAAAUCAAGAAAAGUCGUAAUAAUAGAAAAAGACUGGUUAGAAAAAAUAGUAAUAGUGAUAAUAAGUAUACUAAAAAUGUAGUAAAUACUCCUCGCCCCAGAUCAAACAACAAUUCAAUCGUUAUUAAAGAUGAUAAUAUAUGUGAUGAUAUUUCUAUCGUUGCCAAUUGCAAAAAAAACAAAGAAUUUCAUAAUUACUUUAAUUCAUUGCCUGACACUGAACUUUUAAUCAACGAAAUAUUGGCACACGGAAGGAUUUAUGUUUCGAAAAAUUAUAUUUGUUUCUGUGCAAAUAUUUUUGGAUGGGUGACAAAUGAGAUAAUUUCAAUGUCUGAAAUCGCUUCAAUUGAGAAAAAAAUGUCUGCAUUUGUUAUACCAAAUGCAAUAUUGAUCACUACAAAAGAUUCAAAGGAGUAUUUCUUUACAUCAUUUUUAUCGCGUGAUAGUGUCUACGAUUUAUUAGUUAGUUUAUGUAAAAUUGAAAAUAAAGAAAAAAUGGAUUUAGAAGAAAAUAAUCUUGGCGAUGGUUGUGGGAAGAAAGAAGGAACAACAACAAUUGUUGGUUCAGAAAAUGAAUGCAGUGAUAUCGAAAAAAGAAAAAGCUUAACAAAAAAUAUUAGUUCGAAAUUAAAAAAUUUGUCAAAUAGAAAACGAGAAACAAUUGCAGCGUCUUCAUCCAUUCCAACUAGAUCCAUAAGUGGGCCGGAAUCUGGAGAAUUUUCUAUGUUAGAUACUGAAUUCCCUGGUACAAUUGAAGAAAUAUAUAAUUUAUUAUUCACAAGUAAUUUCUUCUCUGACUUCAUUACAAAUCAUGAAAAUAAUGAUGAUACAAACAUCGGUGAAUGGGUUGAAGAAGACGGUAAACGAGUUCGUUUUGGAAGUUACACCAAAAAAUUUCCCAAUUCAUUUAAGAUAGGCCCAAAGACAACAAAAGUACACUUAAAGGAUGAAUUGGUUCAUUGUGAUUUUACCGGUUACACGACAUUGUUAACAUCGACCAGUACACCGGAUGUUCCAUCAGGCGACUCAUUCGUCGUGAUGACAAAAACUUGUUUGAUGUAUGCAGGCAGAAAUAGAGUAAGAAUUAUUGUUAGUUGCGCGGUAAACUUUACUAAAAAUUGUUGGUUAAAAGGAACGAUUGAAAAAGCAUCAAUUGUUGGUCAAUCUACAAAAAGUAAUUCUUCCAUACUUACAUCUCCAAUAUUAGUAAUAAUUUCAAAAUUAUCAUCAUUAUUAUCAAUCUUUUCAACAUCUUCAAUGUCACCACCAUCAAAUCUUUCACCACAAUGUUCAAUGCCAAUACCAACACCUUUCACACCACCACCAUCAAUAUUUAUGCCAAAAAAAACAAAAUUUAAACCUGAAACCAUAAUAUUUGCAGAAUUAUUGGUAACUUUAAUUGGAUAUUUUAUACUACCACUGCCUAGAACGUCAAGUUUGAAAAAUAGAUUAUUGGAUGAAAUUGAUUUCCUGGAUGAUGAUAAUAAUACUACUAAUGGGAUUACAUCUCAUAAAUUGAAUCAACAGACAAUUAUUCAAAAUAAUUUUUUUAGUGCAUGCCAUCAAAGUUCACCUGCUAGUGACAUUUAUGCUUUGGUAAAAGGAAAUCAAAAUCAAUUAUCAUUAAAUAUUAAUAAUACUGAUAAUAUUAGUAAUGAUGAUAGUAUUGUUGAAGAUAGCAAGAUUAUUGUUCCAGCUCAACAUCAUCAACAACCAAUAGAAUCAAUUAAUAAUGAUAAUGACAUUAGCAUAAUUACUCCCACUAUACCCUCGGAAAUACAAGAUAUUCCAAUUCAACGAAAUCCAAAAAAUUUGACACAGUCAUCAAAACCACCAAUGUCAUCUGAGGAAUAUCGACAUAAAUUGAAUGAGGAAUUGGAAAAGGUUGAUUUUAAUGAUAUUACUGUUAGUGAACUUAAAAAUUUGUUAAGACAACGUAAUAAACCUGCUACUGGAAAAAAAGCCAUUCUUAUGCAAAGACUCCAAGAAGAAGUCACAUUGGUUAAGGCCAUAAAGAAUAAUAAGGAAAUGAGUAAUGUAGAUAAUUCUGGUGAUGUUGCUGUUGUGAAUGGUUAUGAUACUUAUCAUCAACAACCUUCAUCUGCUCCUUCAAUGAUGACAGAGUUCAAUAAUAAUUAUAAUUUUAUAAAUUAUCCAAUAUCCAAUAAAAAUUCAUUGUCAAGUAUGGAUGAUGGCAAUGAUGACAGUCAAAUGAUGAUGUCUAAUGAUCCUAAUGAUCCUACUUCACCUGUAUCAACAGCCUCACUAUUAUUAAAUGAUAAUUUAGGAUAUUUUACUACUCCAUACACUUUUACUCAACAAGUUGAAGAUAUUGUUAUGGUUGGAG